AUAGAGGCUAAGAAACAAACUUUUCUGCCAGCCUGUUAUGUUACGAGAGGAAACCCCGCUGAUCCGUUCGGUUUGUUUUUCUUUCGUUCCAUCAUCCCUUGGACGUGAUCUCUGAACCAGCUGAUUCGCUGUUUGCCUAUGAAGCCUUCAGCAAGUAUGUUGCCAAACAGGUAUGUGGCGUGACGCUAAGCCGGGGAUGGUGUUUAUGGGAAAACAGGUGCACAGCAGAUACUUUUUGAGUUCCGUCUCAAACACAAGGAAAUAUAUCGAUAGCAAACCUUUUGGGUUUGCCCUUCAAUAUGUCGCGCGGGAGUGUCUGAAAACAAAGAAGAUUUCCUAUAAAUAGUUUGUAUUUUUUUAUGUGGACGGUUUCAGCCCUUAAAGGAAACACCCGUCAGUUUUUGCUUUUGAGAAUGCCAGCCUUUGCCGUGAUCUUUUUUGGCCGAGUAUUGGUUCUCCAUCUAGUUUCAGCAAGAUUGAUCCACAACAAUAAUGAUGUGUUCCUGGGGGAGAGGCCCGCUGCGUCCUUCUUGUCCCGCUCGCUGCUCUACAACAGCUGGGACUUUGAGCUGGUCCGCUCGGACGACCUGGAGCGCGAGUGCCGCGAGGAGACUUGCAGCUUCGAGGAGGCCCGAGAGGUGUUUGAGGACGAUGAGCAGACGAACAUCUUCUGGGCUUCAUAUGCAGGCGAUCAAGCCCCCCCGGUGGACGUAGCGGGCCUGGUGGCGGGGCUCAUCGCCAUCCUGGUGUCGGGUGUGAUCAUCGCCGUGCUGGGCCUCUACUGCUACAAGUCCCGCAACAAGACCGGCAGGAGGUCGAGAAGCUCUCCUGUGAGACUAGCUGCUGAUGGCCGCCCGGUCCCGGAGAUGACCCCACUGACGGCGCUGCCCGCCCUGCCGUCGUACAGCGAGGCUCUGAACCGGAGCGGGCAACACGACGCGCCUCCCCCACCCUACUCUGGGGGGGCGCCAUCCGAACCUCCAGAUCCAGCGGAACGAUGAAUAAAUGCAGUUUUUGUUUGUUUUUGUUUUUAUGGUUUAGCACUGUUGUGAGGCGAUUUUUACACCGAGCUUGUUACAUAAAUUGAUGAAAAAUAGUGUGAUGCAGUCUUAUUAAUUUUGCGAUUCCGGUUGUUUUCCAAUCGUCUGCAUUUAAGAUAUGAUAGUGUUCUUGGCUGCAGAAUACGUUUUACUUGGUUUCAGGGUAGGCUAUAUAGACUUCUUAUUAAGUUUAUGCUUUUAGUGAAUGUGAAGGUUUCUUUAAAAGUGAAAGAAUAAAGUGACAUUUUUAAGAGAUGAUAAACUAUGUUCACAAGCUUUGUUCGGCUACUUUUACACAUGUUGAAUGCCACUUUUUAAAUAAAGAUUGUUUUGUUUUCACAAAUGUAUUUAAAUAGGCAUAUUAUGGCGAACAACAUUUGUGGACCUUAAGCUGCGCAUCGCGAAUGAUGCAAUGUGAACCAUAAUGUUAUGGAGGGAGGGUGUUUCCUUUUAGAUUUAUAAUGGUAUGUGGUAUGCUAUUGCGUAUUUUAAGAAAUAUUGAGCCUACAAAGAGCAAUAUAAGCUAUAGCCUUAAGCUAGAUCUAAUUGUCCAUGCAGUUGUUCAACGUGCGAUGCACUUAUCAAUAAAAAAAUCUUAAAACCGAA